UCGAUUAUUUAUUUUAAUUUUCUUAUUUUAAUAGUCUUCAUACACUAGACAGGUACGCCAUAAAAAUGUAGAAGAUAAGAAGUAGGUAAACCCAUUUACCAUACUAUUUUGCAUUUACUCCCCCAAUGCACACAUAUUUUCCUGUAGUCAUCAGCUGUUGUCAGCUUUUUACAUCUAUCCAAUAGCACUGUUACACAAUCAUUGUUAGCCCAUCAUAUUAAUGCUGUCUUUUUAAAUAUGGCUUCCCUCUGCCUCCAGUUCAUUCAUAUCAUCGUUAUGUGCGAACUUCUCCAUCAUCAUCGCUGCACAGUCUUCAUAGAUUCAUCAUCCUGCAGAUAGCCUACAUCAUCAUCCAAGACCUCCCAUCAGCGAUGUCUGCACUCCAGGGGGGAACAUACAGUAAUUUGCUGCUCUCAGUGCAGACACCCUUCAAGGAUGAUAUCUCCAGUUCAAGCGCCAAAUACUACUUUAUGACUAUAAUUUAUACAUUAUCUUAUAUAAAAUAAAUCAUUCAUUUAUUGUCUCUACUGGUUGACAGAUAUUGAAGACAUCUGAUUUUAAUGUCUUUUUUUCUAACACUAAUACCGCUUGGCCUAUCAGAUAUUUCACCACUUGGAUUGUAUACAGUGCAUCAAACAUUAGUGCAGUUAAAAUGUGUGUAAGAGUAAAAUAAGGGGAUUCCAACUGUAGGAUGGACGUUUUGAUGAACCACUGGACGAGGAAUUCCUUUACACCCCGGCCAAUAAGCAGGGACGCCACUCAGUGACAUGGGCCUGGCCUUCCCAAAAUAACCUGAAACCAGUGCGCUGACCAGUGUUAUUACUUGUGCUGGUGACAGGUUAGCCUAGCUCGGCUCCACAUUUCUCGUUCACUCCAAGGUUAACUCGAUAAAACUGUCCUGAGCUGCUACCUGCGACCAAGAUUUCUCCAGGUGGCAGCAACCACAAGAUUGAAGAAUCGUCCUCUUCAAACACAGGUGCAUUCACCGUCCUUUCAAGGGGCUACCUAUGUUUCAUUCGAAGCAUGCAAGACCCACCAUCACUGUCUCAGCACUUAAGAGAGAGCUAUCUGGCAGAGGAUAGAGCCCAGCAACACAAUGAUAUGAAGCACUCAGAUACUUCCUCCUCAUGCCUUCAGAUCUAUGGCUCACUCAAAGGUAAGGUGGAGGAUCCUGUGGGCCACAAUGAUCCCCAAUUAUCAGACCUCUCAGCCUUCCUCAGCCAGGAGGAGCUGGAUCAAAGUGUGAACCUUGCCUGCCAGGCCAUCAGACAUGGGCCUCAAGAGGAGAGAGUCGAUUUCAAAGCCUCUAUCACACCAUUAACCCCAUCCAACAUCUCCUCGGCCUUGGAUUCUAACUGUGAAAUCCCAUCUGUUCCAUUGGUUAGCCAUUCUCUUGCUUCAUCUGCUGGUCCCGCCACUGUACCCGUCACCAAUCCAAUCCCGGAAUAUAGAGAUCUGCUGCCAACACAGGAAAACUUCACACCUGACAGAAAGGUGCUCAGAGCGUCCACAAGGCAGGAAAACAUUAUCAGGAGCAGCAGAGACUCAAGAGAAGGCUUCGAGGACUUUAACAGGCCAGUGAGGAAUGCUCCUUACGGUCUUGAGACGCAGUCCAAGAAGGAGUUCCUCAAUAAGGCAGCAGACUUCAUAGAGGAGCUCUCCUCCCUCUUUAAGGCCAACAGCUCCAAACGGAUGCGACCAAGGUCAUGCAAAACACACAGAAGUAAAAACCAGAGUAAGAGCCCGAAUGAGGAGACAGUUUUCCCCCUCAGCCAUGAUGACAGGGAGCGCACUGUCAUGCCCACUGAGGUAAAGAAAGAGAAAACCAGUCAUGUUGUAAGCCAUAACCCAAAGGUCCAGUUGGAAUAUGAUAUUGGGCAAAGAGAACUCAAAGACUGCAGGAUUAUGGAGAAGUGUGACACUUUUUCCCAAGAGGUGGAGACUGACAGCCUUGCCUUGACAGAAACUCCAUAUCUAGCAGAGCCUGUGUGUGAGCCUCCUCAUUUCAUCCAGAAACUGAAAAGCAGGGAGGUUCCAGAAGGCAGCAAGGUCCAGUUAGACUGUAUUGUUAAAGGAUUACCUGUGCCUGAAGUCCGGUGGUUUUGUGAGGGCAAGGAGCUGGAGAACAGCCCUGACAUUCAGAUUAUUACCAAUGGAAAUCUGCACUCUAUGAUCAUUGCAGAGGCAUUUGAGGAAGAUACUGGACGCUACUCUUGCUUCGCAUCUAAUUUCUAUGGCACUGACUCUACAUCAGCUGAGAUCUAUGUUGAAGGUGCCUCUUCUUCUGAUUCUGAGGGGGAACAGCACUUUGGACACGAAGCCCAGCUGCAGAGGAAAUCCUUGCUUCCAUCAUCAAGCCAAACUGUUUCCAUUGAAGAUGAAAACUCUCCAUCAUCCCAUCCAGCAUCAGCCACUGAGAGACCAUCUGAAGAGCACUUCUCAUCAACAAUUAACCAAAUAAUCACAGAACCUCUUCUGCCAGUCCAGACAACAACAACCAUAAUUCAAGCUCCAGAGGUCUUAAAAACACCUUUGGCAUCCAGAGCCCACCUUACUUUGGAGGAGACAACUGUGUUACCCGUGCAAGUAUUUCCUAUCAUGUCAUCUGGGGAUAAAGAACUUUCUGGAGCCCAGGAUGUGGCAACAUCCGUCUCAGACAUAUUCACAUCCGCUCAACAGCUGACAACUACAGCGAAAGCUCCAUUAUUGUCUUCGAACUCAUUGGAUUUGUCUGUGCUGCCUGUUUUGUCAACUCUAACACAAACACCCCAACCUGAGGGUCAAACCUCCAACAACAACUACAUUCAAAGGAUGAAUGGGCAACCCAUGAUGGCUGCCCCUGUAUUCACAAAGAUCCUGAAGGAUCUCCUUGCAUCAGAAGGCCAGCUGGUGGUGCUAGAGUGCCGUGUGAAAGGGCUACCAUCACCUCAAGUGGACUGGUACAGAGAUGGAAAAAUCCUAAAGGACUCUCAUGAUUUUCGGAUGCUGCAAAAAAAGCCCAGAUCUCCAGUUGAUUCAGACGAAAUAUGCACUCUAGUCAUUUCUGAAGUUGUUCCUGAAGAUUCAGGAAUGUUUACUUGUACGGCAAGCAACAAGUAUGGAACCAUUAGCAGUACUGCUACACUCAGAGUCACAGCUAGUGGCAGCAACAGCAACCAUGAAAGGCCUUUCAGCAGUUUAACAAUGGAGUCUAGUCAAAUCCAAGAUCCUUCCCCUAGAGCUUCCACUUCAAACCUUCAAACAGAUAUUAACAAUUCCAGCAGCAUUAAGCCACUCUCCAGGAACAUCAUCCUAGACCCUGUCAAUUCUAGCACUCUAUGCCUGGAGCCCAUCAACAACAGAACCUUCAGUCUUGACUCCAACUGUUCCAGCAUGUUGUGUCCAGACACUCUCUGCACCAGUAUACCCAGUGUGGAACCGACUGGUCUAAGCAGCAGCUCCUUCCUAAACUCAUGCAACACCAGCACCAAUCAUUUUGAUGCUAUGUAUUUCCAGCAGGAACCUCCUGAAUGCAGUAGAGCAUGUCCAGAACCAGAGAGCAGGAGCCAGGUUCUCUCAAACCAGAAACUUUUAGUUUCUCCAUGUGUAGUUGGUAUUUCAGCUGAGCAUGAUGGUUUCCGAUCUUCAGUAACGUCACCUGAUACAAGCAUCAAAAUGAAGGGGACAACAAACCAUCAGAAGACUGGCCCUAAUGUGGUGCCACUCCCUGAUCCCCCUCCAAACUCUUGCUUAAAGACAGGCACCCUGACAAAUCAGAAAGACUCACGCUCUAGCUCCAGAGUUGGUCGGCAUGUGCACUUCAAACUGCCUGAGGAUGAACAAAGUGAUGUGUCCAGUGAGUCUGAUGAAGAGACCCCUACGAUGUCAUUCAGUAAAGAACCACCACCACUGCUGACUAAACCCAAACUAGACCAAGCCCAGCUCCAGCUUCUGCACAACCAAGUCCUUAUGGAGCAGCAGCAAGAUACUGAGCCCAAACCGACCCAAACUCAUAUUCAGCCCAAAAGCCAACCUCCAGUCCAGGCCCAGAUCCAAUCUGAUGUUCAGAACUCCAGUGAAAGUCUGCUGUGGUCACCUGGAAUACAACAUGAGCCCCAUCUGCAACCUUUUCAGCCCUAUCUGAAUGCUGCUACACCUCUGAAGCAGAUGCCCAACUGUGCAUCUCAACUGGCCAACACUACUUCUGCUCUAUCUCUGAGUUCUGGCCCUGAACAAAAAAACACAAUUUCAGACCUUUGCAGUACAUCUCUAUCUUCUCCCUUUGGCUUCCCACCUUCGAUUUCUCAGCCAAAGUCUUCCUCACUAGUAAACUCCCCUCUACCUGCCCCACAGCUGAAUGCAGUUCCUCUCAUCAGAAACCAGAUGAAUACCAUCCAUGCCUCCAUCCUCAACCUCUCCCCUGCAGCUCUUUCAAUUACCUCAACAACACCCCAAUGUUUCUCUCCACCUGCUCCAAAGCUUAGUACAGUCUCUACAGAUUCAAGAUCAAGCUUACUGCAAAUCACAUCUCCUACGCCCCUACUGAGAAGCACACACACCUCCCUCACUAACUUAACUGCCACCUCCCACACAUUCAGCUAUGCCAGGCCUAAAGAGUUCAUAGCUGCUCAGACUUUCUCACCAGUCAGGAGUCCUUCCCCAAAUGAAUCACCAGUCCCACUGCUCCAAGAACUAGCUGCAGAGCUUAACUCCUCUGCUGCCAGCUCCCCUUCUCUGCCAACAUUCUCCCCACCACCAGGAAUCUCCUCCAUGAGAGUGCUCAGGUCUCCCACCAGCCCGGCCUCCGUCAUGUCCUCACCUCCGCCAGGGUCAACGUUGUUCACUAUACCAGCCCAGCUGCCACCCAAGGCAUCCUCUCCCACCUCAAGCAGCUCAACUCCCAGCCCAACUCAAAACCCUGUAGCGUUCUUGAGCUCGGUCCUUCCGUCCCUAACCCCAAGUCAGCCCACCAACUCAAUGGGCUUGCCAAAGGGAGCUCCUUUAGGGUUUCGAAAAAAGGUUCCCAAGAUGCGUCUCCCGUCAACUGAAGACAUGUGUGAAAGCAAAGAAAUUAUCCUACACAAUAUUGAGAAAAAGCUUCAAAGCUUUCAAAGUUUUAAAGAUGAUACUCUAAAUGUAUCACAACAGCAGAAGCUGAGUAAUGAGGGGAAAACAGGGAGCAGACCCAUUGGACCAAACAUACCUGCUACUGUCAUUAACUUUGAUGAGGAGUACCGAGUCUCAAGUUUUGAGCAGAGACUUAUGAGUGAGAUUGAGUUUCGUUUGGAACGAACACCUGUGCAAGAGUCAGAUGAUGAAGUGAAGCAUGAUGAUGUCCCUACCGGAAAAUGCAUUGCACCCAUAUUUGACAAGAAACUUAAGAACUUUAGAGCCAUGGAAGGUGUUCCUGUCACUUUCUCAUGUAAAGUGUUGGGAAUCCCUGUUCCAAAGGUUUACUGGUUUAAGGAUGGCAUACAGAUAUUGAAGAAGAAUGUUCAUUACAAAAAAAUGAGAGAGGGGGAUGGGACCUGUUCUUUACAUAUAGAGUCCACUACCAAUGAUGAUGACGGCAACUACACUGUCAUGGCAGCUAAUCCACAGGGACGAAUCAGCUGCUCAGGUCAUUUGAUUGUCCAAACAGGACCUCUCAGAAACCGACUGACACCUAUCCACCCUCAGAGGGUACGGGUCCGUAUACAGGAAGUUGAAGGUGAGCAAACCCAGGAGCGCUUUUUUCAGCCUCAUUUCCUCCAGGCCCCUGGUGACAUGCUAGCCCCCGAGGGAGGUCUGUGUAGACUAGACUGUAAGGUGAAUGGCCUACCCACCCCAGAACUGAUGUGGUUGGUCAAUGGGAGACCAAUCUAUCCAGACCUUUACCACAAGAUGUUGGUGCGGGAGAAUGGCAUCCAUUCUCUUGUCAUUGAUCCUCUGACCCAGAAUGACACCGGGACAUACACCUGCAUUGCAAGCAACAGAGCAGGGCAGAGCUCUUUUACUCUAGAACUGAAAGUAGUAGAGAAAGAGAUGAAGCACCCUCCCAAAUUUGUGGAGAAAUUGCAGAACAUGGGUAUUCCAGAUGGAACCCCAGUAAGGCUUGAGUGUCGGGUGGUGGGUAUGCCCCCUCCAGUUAUCUUCUGGAAGAAAGACAAUGACAGCAUCUCUAAAACUAAGGAAAGAAUAAGUAUGACCCAGGAUGCAACAGGAUAUGUAUGUCUCCUUAUACAGCCAACAACAAAAGACGAUGCUGGCUGGUACACAGUGUCUGCAAAAAACGAGGCUGGAAUUGUGUCCUGCACCUGCAGGCUUGAUAUCUAUGCACAGUGGCAUCAGAGCAUCCCCGCACCUAUUAAGAAGUCUCCACGCACAGGCAGCCGCUACGCUGCUUUGACAGGGCUGGGAAUUGACAUCAAGUCAGCCUUCUCGACAUCAGAGACCAGCCCUGUCCUGUUCUCCAGCUCCCCUCCCGAGGCUAAUCUAGAGAGUGAGGAGCUUUGAGCUCAACAACCACUUCAAAUUGGUGACCUUUAGAGGAUUCCCAGCAUAUUUUGUCUGUUGUCUAAACUGUAGGAGGUAUAAGAAGCAUGACGAUCCAAGCAGAUUGUCAUGUUAUUUUUGAGAUUAAUUUAAAUUGAUACAUUCAGGAUAGAGAGGCAAAGUAAGUCAUGUGUUAGAACUAUCAACACUGAAAGUGGGUUUGCCAGCAUUCCUAUCCAACAGUUAUAUGAGGAGUUUUUCAAAUACAACACCCAUUUCCUAAAAAGUUGGGAUGUUAUGUGAAAUUUAAAUUAAAAACAGAACAUCAUCAUGUUCUGUUUUUGCAAAACACAAUGUUUGCAAAACACUGAAACCCCAUAUUUGAUUGUAGAUAUCACACAGACAAUAUAUCAAAUGUUGAAACAGAUAUUUACUGUUUUUGGAAAAGUAAAUGCCCAAUUUCAAUUUGAUACUAGCUAUUCCGGGUCAUGCUUACCACUCUGUUGCAUCACUUUUUCUUAAACAGAACUCUGUAAGUGUUUUUGCGAACUGAGGAGACCAAUUUCUGUAACUUUAAAAGUGGUAUGUUUAUAGUUCUUGCUUAAUGUAAGAUUUCAUGGUCUCCUUGUCUUUUGUCUAUUUGUCUAUUAAGGCUUCAUAAUGCCCCAAACAUUCUACAUUAUUGACUGUCCCAUCUAUUUUGAAACAUGAUGCCUGCAUCAAAUUGGGCAUAAAACUUCCCUAAAAAAAACGUAAUUUCUCAGUUUCAACAUUCGACAUGUUGUGUUUGUGUCUAUUUUCAAUCAAACAUGGGUGAUUAAUGUAAAUCCUCACAUUCUGUAUGCCACCUUUUUAGGAAUUUGUGUUGUACAGAAAAAGACUGACUGAAAAGUCUUAGCUCAUGAGCCAUCAUUGGAGUUAAAGUAUGUUCUUUGACUUUGGUUUGAAUGAUUCACGUUUGUUUUUUACAUUACUUGUUAAAUAGUAAUGUUGAUGCUGAAUGUUUGUGAUCAAAUUAACUGUAAGUCCUUUUUACAGGGAUACGAGCAUCAAUUAUUUUAUAACAAAUCAUGACUACAUGUACUGGUAGCAAUAGCUUUCUUACAAAGUUAAUAGUCAAAGUAGUUGUGAUUGUCCAUGUCGAGAUGUAGUUAAGUGUUAAAUAGACACUUGAAUGUGCUAUUUGGAUCACUUUAUUUAAAGGGCUCCAGCAAAAUGAGAUUUUUUCUUCAUUUAACUACAUUAUUUCUAGACGUUUGUCACAUUUUUGCAUAAUGUUAUUGUAUGUGCGUGCAUGCCAAAUGCCUAUCGUGACCCAAUAAUGUUCAACAAACCUUUUUUUUUUGGUGGUCAUAAUAAUAAUAUGCUGUUAGUUAAGUUUCCUUCAUGGUUAGAGCUGAAACACAAACAUUUCAAAGCCUUAUAUGAUCAUACAUUCUCUGUUGAAUGUAUUCAAAUUGGUUGUUUGGUAGCAUCAUUUGCUACCUCUUACAUUUACGGUAUGUUGGUUAAAAUCAAAGUUUUUGCUGUCAGUAUUUAGAGCUCAUUUUAACUCAACUUGAAUCAAAGCAAUAUUAGCCUUAACUGAUGCUAAAUUCCAAACAAAUUGAACAACUCAUAAACCAAUUAAGCAUUGCUAACCAGUCAAAUUAGAGAGGAAAAGAGUUAAAUUAAGCAUGAAAUGACAUUCACCUUACUUGACCUAAUUAUACUCAAAGCCUCAUUAGACCAGCUGCCACUAGGCCUACUUGUUUACUCAGUUCUGUAUGUGCUGGAGUCAUAAAUAUCUGUGGGUCAAGAACAUGGUGUUUAUCUGACUUUCUUCUCAAAAGUAAUCUGAAUUCAAUGAAAGUUGAAGUUGUGUAGAAAAAGAAGCAAACUUAUUUUGAAAAGAAAGUACAACAACAAUAAUUAUUAUAUUUGUUUUAAGAACAAAUACUCCAGGUUUGUUACAAAACAGCAACCAAAGUCCACACAUUAGAGACCAAAAGUAUUAGCAUGCUCGUGAUGUGUUUUUGUAUGCUCACUCAAUAAAGUACAAGGUUAUUUA